AAUGACCGGUCCAUCCUUGUAGAACAAAGAAGUGGACAAAAGUGAAGCGUCAGUACGAAAACACACUACUUUCUCUCUCUUCCUGGUUUUCAUCUUCAAAUGUAUAUAAUCAAACCCUAAACACACCUUCUAGCUUGGCUUCUUUUGCUCGUGAACUAAGGGUGUUUUUGAGUACUGAUUCGGGAGAUGAACAAAGAACGCCCACCUGAGCCUCUCGAUUUCUUCAUUUGGACUGUUGAGGAUGUUGGUUUGUGGUUGGAAGAAAUAAAUCUUGGUAACUAUCGCCAAAUUUUCAAAGAAAAUGGUGUCAAUGGAGAAUACUUGGAGGGUAUGUCCAUGUUCACAACCGAACAGAUUCUUCGGUUUAUAAGGCGGUGCCACAUGAAAUGGGGGGAUUUCAUCACCUUGUGCAAGGAACUGAGGCGAAUUAAAGUGGCUUGCCUAAAAGGGGAGCAAAAAGUAAGACGACCAUGGUGGGCUCCUGCUUGCCUUUCUGUAGUCUUUGUCAAGGCAGCCAAGCGCAACAGGCAGGCACGAGUUGUUUCCUUGAAGCUGGAACCUUAAAGCUUUGAUUUCAUGUAUUUAAUUUGAAUUUGAAUUUUCUUUUUUAGAGGAUAUUGGUAGGUAGGAAAUAAAUUCUCUCUUUUUUCUUUUUAUAUAUGUAUAUUUUUUUAUAUUUUCAUUUUGGGGAUUUCUGGCAAGGUCGUCUUCUUGUAGGGUUCUCUUUGGAGAACUUUCUUUGUAUGCGAGUCCUACAUAUUAUUUUUUUUUGGUUUUUCUGUGUAUUGUAAAGUAAUGUAAUGAAUGAUUACAAUGAAAUCACAAAAUCUAUCGUGUUUGAUAAA